AUGAGUGCUGAAACGCAUGCAAAUGCUGAAGGUAUUAUUCAAGGUUUAUUAGAUACUGAAUUAUCCAAUAUUGGCUAUCUUCAAUCACAAGCACUCGGUCAAUAUCUUCAAUAUCAUCGUUUUUCACAUAUCUAUUCAAGCGACCUAAAACGAACAACAGAGACAGCUCGUCAAAUUCGUUCAUUCAAUCGUGUAUCAUCAUGCGAAAUACAAUACGAUUCUUUAUUACGCGAACGAAUGUAUGGUAUUGCAGAAGGUCGAACACGUCAAUGGUUACGUGAAUUAGCAAAAGAAAAUGGUAUUCCUUAUAUAAAUUUUAUACCUUCAGGUGCUGAAAGCACAGCUCAAGUACGUGAACGUGUUAUACAAUUUUUUCGAAAUUUAUGCCACGAACUUCUUGAAAACUCUCAUACAAAUUCAUCAGUCUCAUCAUCAUCACCAGUAAAAUUUUAUAUACCUAGUUUAUUAUCACAACAAGAUAAUGAACAAUCUUUAUUACGUAGUGUUUCGUCAGAAAAUUUAAUAUCAUCUCAACAAACCAUAACAAAUUCAACUCAUAAACGUUCAUUAUCAGCAAGUAAUAUUCAAAUUAAAUUAACAACAAAUAUAAUAAAAACAACGUCAUAUCAGUCAUCUUUUGAUUCGGCACUUGACCUAUCAUCUGUAACAUCUGAUCAACAAUCAAUAUCAUCAUCAAUAUCACUUUUUUCACGUCAUAGUAGUUUUGAAAAGCAUCCAAAUUUAUCUAAAGAUUUAUUGAAUUCACCAUAUAAAAAUAAUUUCUCUGAUCUUGAUAUACUGAUUGUUAGUCACGGAGCUGUUAUACGAGAAUUUAUUAAAUAUUUUGCCUGUGAUUUACAAGCCGAUAUAGGACAACAUUUAAAUACUAUACAAGAUAUAGCACCAAAUACGUCCAUAACACGUUUUGAAGUAACUUAUUCAAUGAAUGAAGAUCCAAAUCCAAUGACUAUACUGAAGUUGAUUGAUUAUCAUAAUAAAACACAUUUAAUUAAUGUUAAUAACAAUGAGUACAAUUUAGAUGUGAUCAAUAAAUGUAAUCUGUAA